UGUUAAUUUCCAUUGCAACAUUUCUCGUAGCAGCAGUUCGUGGUCGUGCAUUUUAGGGUUAAAUAUAAAGUUUACAUUUGAUGAUCGCAUUGUAAAACACCUUUAACAUUUCUACAAGGACAUGUUUGUCUAGGUGUCCACUGUCCGAAGUCCGACUGUCAGAAAGAUGCUUCAAAAGCUUGUUUUGUUCCGGUUUCUCCGACCUGCUGCUAUACGCUCUGCAGCUCUACGUUGUGCCUCAUCGGCGACCGUGGACGUCAAAGUCCCGCUGAACUUCUGGUGCGGAGACAGAGUAAAGAUCAAGGAUGUGUCAACCACUGAGCCUGUUUACGAACCUGCAACUGGUCGGGUCCUGUGUGAGCUAGAGCUCUGUGGGUCUGUGGAGGUGAACCAGGCAGUGCAGGCAGCCCAGUCUGCCUACCAGGCCUGGAGCCGGAUGUCAGGGAUGGAGAGGGCACACAUCAUGAUAGAAGCUGCCCGUAUCAUUGAGAACAGGAGAGAGGACAUUGCGGAGAUCGAGGUGGUGAACAACGGGAAGUCCAUCACAGAAGCCCGAAUGGACGUGGACUCUGCCAGACUGUGUAUAGAGUAUUACGCUGGAGUGGCCAGCACUCUGGCAGGCCAGCAUAUCCAGCUACCCGGAGGCUCCUUUGCCUACACACGGCGGGAGCCUCUAGGCGUCUGUGUGGGGAUCGGUGCAUGGAACUACCCCUUUCAGAUAGCAGCCUGGAAGUCGGCCCCAGCCCUGGCCUGUGGCAACUCCAUGGUGUUCAAGCCUUCACCUGUGACUCCAGUGACGGCGGUGAUGCUGGCGGAGAUUUAUGCCAAGGCCGGGGCCCCAGAAGGGCUGUUCAACAUAGUUCAGGGUGGGCAGGAGACAGGCAACCUGCUCUGCCACCACCCGGACGUGGCUAAGGUCUCCUUCACCGGCAGUGUGCCCACAGGCAAGAAGAUUAUGGAGAUGUGCUCCAAGGGGGUAAAGCAAGUGACUCUGGAACUUGGUGGGAAGUCUCCUCUGCUCAUCUUUGAGGACAGUGACCUGGGGAAUGCAGUGAAGGGGGCUCUCAUGGCCAACUUCCUAUCCCAGGGCCAGGUUUGCAGCAAUGGGACCCGGGUGUUUGUUCAGAGGCAGAUGUUGCCUGAGUUCCUGGAGGAGGUUGUGAGGAGGACCAAGGACAUUGAGAUAGGGGACCCACUACUGGAGAGCACUCGUAUGGGAGCACUGGUCAGCCGGCCACACCUUGACAGAGUCCUGGGAUACGUCGAACAGGCCAGGAAAGAGGGUGCCAAGGUGUUGUGUGGAGGGGAACCCUUCGUUCCUUUAGAUCCCAAACUCAGAGGUGGAUACUACAUGACACCAUGUGUAUUGGGCGACUGCACGGACGACAUGACAUGUGUGAAGGAGGAGAUCUUUGGGCCUGUGAUGUCUGUGUUGUCCUUUGAAACAGAGGAGGAAGCUUUGCUGAGGGCCAACAACUCCGCCCUGGGCCUGGCUGCGGGGGUCUUCACCAGUGACGUCAAGCGAGCACACCGUGUAGUGGAACACCUGAAGGCUGGAUCCUGCUUCAUCAACAACUAUAACAUCACCCCUGUGGAGGUGCCCUUCGGAGGGUUCAAGAUGUCAGGCAUCGGGAGAGAGAACGGUCAGGUGACUGUAGAGCACUACACACAAAUGAAGACUGUGUUUGUGGAGAUGGGGGACGUUGACAGUCUCUUUUAAACGUCAAGCCAGACCAAUGGAGUCAUGCAACUCAGAGAUGUUCUGGGGGAUGAAAUACCAGCAUCCUGAGAUAGAAAAAGGUCUCAGGACACUUUUUCUGUCUCAGAAAAAGGUCUCUGGUACGUAGAUAGUUGAAUGAAGGAUAUACAGUAAUAUUGCCAUCCAUCUCUGAUAGAGUUUAGCUUAGUUAGUUAUUCUCCAUUUUAAAAAAAAUAGUGUGAUAAGAUCUCCGUUCUGAGCCAAAUGGAUAAAUCGAAAGCCGUGCCUUGAUAUUUUGUAACAAAAUAUUUAUUAAAUUGAUUCUCAUAACUAUGGAUGCCUAACAUUAAAAAGUACUUGACAUCA